AAUUAACAGGUGGAGGAUGAAUACAAACAAGGAAGUACUUACUCACACAGCAAUUGUCAUGGGAUGUUGUGAAGGCCAGAAAUAUAACUGGAUUCAAAAUAGAAUUAGUUCAGGACUGCCUAUCCAACGCAGGAGCCAGCAUGAACGUGGGGACGGCACACAGCGAGGUGAACCCCAACACCCGCGUCAUGAACAGCCGAGGCAUCUGGCUCUCCUACGUGCUGGGGAUUGGCCUGCUGCAUGUGAUCCUCCUCAGCAUCCCCUUCUUCAGUGUCCCCGUGGUUUGGACUCUCACCAACAUCAUCCACAACAUGAGCAUGUACAUCUUCCUGCAUACCGUGAAAGGAACGCCCUUUGAGACUCCGGACCAGGGGAAAGCCCGGCUGCUCACGCACUGGGAGCAGAUGGACUAUGGGGUGCAGUUCACGGCAUCGCGCAAGUUCCUGACCAUCACGCCCAUCGUGCUGUAUUUCCUCACCAGUUUCUACACGAAAUAUGACCGGAUACACUUCAUAAUCAACACCAUCUCCCUGAUGAGCGUCUUGAUCCCCAAGCUACCCCAGCUCCACGGAGUCCGGAUCUUUGGGAUCAACAAGUACUGAGCCCCCUGGAUGAAGUGAGCUGAAGUGGAAGGGGAAACCCGGUGGUCUUAGUCCUCCCUCCCUCCCGGCCGGGCUAUAAUUUCACAGCGGCUCUUUAAAGGCAGUAUCCAAUAGACUUGUAUACCGCAUGCAGGAUCCUCGUGCCCAAUAAAUCUAAGCAAACUCUGGAGUAGCAGAAUCCUGAGUAGAGUGUAGCAUGGAGCCAGGAGACUGCGGGGGUGGACUUCUUGUGCUCCAGUAUCUUGAGUAGAUGCAGAUAAACUGAGACGUUGAGGUACAAGUAAGUCAGUGUCUGGAGAGACUCUCAUCCAGAGGCCAAUAUGCUGCUGGAGAGAGCAGGGGUGGGGAGAAAGCUUUAAGAGCUAGUGGUCAUUACUAUGGCAAAUGCACUUUAAAAUGCAUUGGCCCUCUUUGAGGUUAGAUGCACUCACGAAGGGCUAUGUGGGGAAAUUAAAGGGUGGCAUCGCCAGAUUUCCCAGGUGUGAAAAACUAGUUGGCCACUUUAAUUUUGGGAGGUGGAUUUUAUUCGUAAACCUCUCUCCUCCUGUUGGGGAGGGAAUCAUUUUUUCUAAUGAGAAAACAGGAAGGAGUGACUUGGCAUUUCCAGGGGAGCUUUCCCAUUUUCCAAGGUACAGUUUGUGUGUGAUUCGGGGGGGUGGAAUUGGAUUCCAAGGUGUUUCUGUUAAUUUAAACUAUAACCAAUGUCUGUCUUUGUUUAAAGUGGAAGUGGUUAUAUUUUAAAGCGUGUGUGAUUGGGCGGGGGGGUAUUCUCCCCCAUCACAUGCAGCCCAGCAGUGUUACCCUUAAUCCUACUGCCACAUAGGGCUAAGAGGUGUGAUGCUGCUGGUUGUUAGUUGUGUGAUUAAAAAUGUUAACACUGCCCAGGAGAGGUAUCUGAGUCACUUGACGUGGAGAUGGGGGAGAGGAGAAAGGCUGAUGACUGACAGGUUUGCUCUAGGUGAAGGAUGGAGCGUCGUCAGGUACGGUAAUGGGGUGCUGGUACAGGCAGAGAGGUGACCAUGUUUGGUUUAAAUGGGUCUCGUUCUCCCACCCCCUUUGCCCAGGACUCCAAUGUCUAGAUCUAGAUCAGUGGCACUUGCCAAAUACCAGUGCUGGGCACAUCUCAGCAUGUGACAGGCCAGGCAGAAAACCCUUCUCGGACUUCUGGUUGGGCCUGAUGACUUGUCAGUAGCAUACUGUGGGCCACAAGCGAGGUUAAAGGAGCUGUAGAAUAGGAAUAUUGUAGUGGUGCCACGUUGCUGAGUGAAGGCAGGAGCAGAGGGCAAAUGUGGCUGGCUGGCAAGAGGGCAACGGGUCUGAGCGGUCACUGAAGCAUUUAGCUUUUCAGUGGCAUAGAAAAUCCAAGAUGUACAAUCUGUCACAUCCCCAGACCAUGGCUGCAGAAGAUUAUCUGAAGGUGUUUGGCACAGCAGGGGGACAAGCAACUCUUGCUUUGCUGACUUCUUCAUUAUCCAGAUUUGUUGUACUUGUUUAAAUCCAAAGUCCUGCCGUUCUGCCCCUGAUCUGGUGGCUAGAUCCAGAGGUGGGGUAUGGCACAUGUCAGUUAGUGGGUGGAACUUGCACCCCUAGAAAGUGAGGGGCAAUAGGGCGUUGCAGAGGGCAGUUAAACCACAAGGGGUGCAAACCACCCUUCUGUUUCUGACUCUUGUUUUGAUUUUGUUUAUGCAUCAUGAUCUUAUUUCAGGCUGCUCAGUGGAGCGAUCGUGUUUUCUGCACCCUGCAUUGGCAGGUGGGAGGGAGCCCUACCUAGUAAAGUGUGUGUGUGUGUGUAUUUCUACUAAGUGGCUGUUAGCAGAUGAGCUAGUUAUCCAUAGAAUCAGGAGCUGGUCUGGAGGACGAUAUGGGAUUUUUAAUUUAAUUAUAAUCUGCAAUAGAAAUGCAAUAAUCCCAGUGUGGAAAGAGAUUGUUGAAUAAAGUUUUGAGAAUCAUCGUUUGGGGUAAAUGAGAGGCUUGUAAUUAGUAGACGGGUGGGGGGGGCAUUUUCAAUAUAACAGGGAGGUUUGGAUAACCGAGGAUGAAGCAAAGUUGCAACACUCAAUCUCCCCUUCUCCCCCCAGAUUGCCAGCUAGAGUGAAGGGUUAGCAGCAGAAUUAGCCCCUAGUGGCUGGGGUAGCUGUCCACUCCUCGCAACCAUAGGAUUUUCUCAAGGGUCAAUAUGCUGAUUUGAAAUAUGCCUUUGUUUAUAUUUUUCAUGAUACCCUUGCACAUUCAUGAAGGUGAUUUUUGUUUGUUAGUGUUUUGAGUGUCUCGAGUUUUCUGACAAUGUAAACGUUUUAAAUAAGACAUUUUUAGUUCCUGCAUUAGGCAGAUGUAGCUUUGGAACUGAGCAGGCGGUACAGUGGGUACUAUCGAGAGAGUUUAGACCUGAUCUGAUGGUCCAAGGCAGGACUGGGAGACAGGAAUUCCCAAAUCUGAAUCUCAGCCCUUGUACUGACUCCUCACCUGCCUUUGGGUGAACUGCUUAACCUCUCUGGCUCAGUUUCACCAUUUGUACCUCGCAGGGGGGGAGAAAUCAUCAGUCUACCUCACAGGGCUGUUGUGAGGCUUAUUUAGCCAUUGUCUCUUAAGCGCUUCAAAGACGGAAAGGCUACUGUAAGUAUUAGUGAAGAGGAAGAUGGUGAGAAGAAUUAGCUGGAGGAGGAGGAGGGAACCUGCUUUGGGUUCUUGAAAAAAGGAGCCUGUCAAAUGUAGAAGGUUAAUUUAUUUAAUACAAGGCUCUUCCUUUUUUUUUUUUCCCCCCCACCCCCAUCCCUGACAUGGUUGGGAGUGGAUGGUUGCUUUGGUUACUGUACUGUAUACCCCAGGACUGCUUUUCAAGCUACUAGCCUGUGAUUUCUGAAAAAAAUAGUUUCAGGCUAGUGCUAUUUUCUGAUCAGAAUGUCUGAGUGGAUUCAGAAAUGAACAUUGUAGAUACAUGGCAAUGGGGAGACUGCAGGUUUCCACUCUGCAGUGAUCGUACCUUCGCCCAGAUGGCUGGGAUGAUGUGCCUAAUCUAAGGUGCACACUGCUGGACGAAUUCAGGUCUGGCAGGCCAGAGAAUUACAGUGCUGAUGCUGAACCUUCUCCAGUGAAAGAGACGGAACACGUGGCGUGGUGUUAAUCUAGCUUUGGGGACAAAUACAAACCUAACUAGAGAUGACAAAAUUACUUUAAAGGUGGGAAUCUCGACCCAGAGAAGUGGGGCAGGAAUCACUUUAUCCUUAUGUUUUGCAAAAAGGCCUUCUUUUUCUUUAUUUGCUUAAAACCAUUAUUCCCGGAUGCAUGUAGGUUUUGCCUUUUCUCUCCCUCUCUCGUGCAUGUAAAUUAUGCAAAGCUGGAGUGAUUGUGUAGCAGAAAUAUAAGCUGACGCUAGGCACCAGACCCUUGGGCGCUGUGGAGUGGUGCAGCUCGACAGACCUGCAUCAGCUAGGGUUGGGACCUGCACUUGCAGGUUGCUGGGUUCAGUGACACUGGUCACGUCCAAUCAGUUCUGUUAAAUUAAUGAUGAAAUGUAAAAAAAAAAAAAAAAUAAAAUCAUGAACUCUUCAGUGGGGCAGUUUAAAACCCGGAGUGCACGUUUUCCUCAACGGGUUUACGAAGACGUGAUAUUCAUAGACAAGUCCAAUGAUUUCUCUUUUAUGAGGAUUUCAGUGAAAAGAGUUUCCGUGAAGCACUGCAGCGUGUGCUUUCGACACACAGAAGUCAAUGGAAUUUAAGCACACACUUAAGUGUUUUGCUGAAUCGGGGCCUUGGCUCAAGUGAGAGGGGAAUCAGGCCCUAGGACUUAACCAAAAUCCCUUUUAAACUGUUAACUUUUUUAAAGAGCGAUGCAUAAUUAUGUGUCAGAGAUCUGUUCCCCCUCCGUGUGCACAGGUAGCUUCCAUUAAAAUGUCAAUCAGAAGGGGGAGUCUGAGUGUGCAGUGAGGGACAACAGCCCCCUUCACUAGGCACUUGCAGGUGAUCUGGGAGACAAAGCAAUGAAACGCUAGUCCAAACAUUACGGAACAAACCACGCUGUAGAUUUCCUGAAACGUUGCAUUGAAACCACUUUUAUAGAACGGGUGGGUGUGAAACGGGCCAGACAUGGCAGUUCUGAAUCAAGACAAAUGAUGAAGGGCCACUCAGGCUGUGGAGAGUUGGAGAAAACAGCAAACACACCAAGGAAGCUCCUUGGGGAUAAAAAACCAGCUUUGGGCAGAAGAGGGAUUGCAUGCACCUCAGGUUGGGGAAGUUUGCAGGAAUUUGGAGAGUCUUGAGCAUUUAAAUAUGGCUGCAGCCAAGAGUGGUGGUGAUCCCAGAGUGAAAUUCAACCCUUGUGUAAUGCGCCUAGGUGAAUUAGACCCUGGACUCCCCUUGACUUUCAGUGGGAUUUAGGUGCCUAACUCACUUAGGCCCUUCGGAAAAUCUUCACCCAGGCCUUGUGCUGGCUUCCUGCAUAGCGAUCGGUGUGAAUUUCAGUACAGCCAAUGCUUCUCAUUGUAGUUUUGUCUGUUGCGGAUACAGAGAAGCAAUAAAGAAACCAAGGGUUUUAAAAUCUGUAACAAUAGACCAGUUCACAGACAUUGGCCUGACUCAAGCCAUUCGCAUUGCCUGCUGCUGUUGCUGUGAAGCCUUUUUCAUCAGCCAUUGAGAGAACUGUGUGCUUGUCCAUAUAGCACAGAAAGGGCAUCUUCCCGCUUGGAGAAGAUACAGAACAGCUUGGCCUUGCUGAGUGAAGGCGCCAGUCUUGCAAUUGGAUUCCAACAGCUGGAUCUUUAACCCGACACUAUACAGCCCUUCCGCAUGGUCUAAGUGCAAGACUGGAGCCGCCUUUCCCCUUCCACCUGAGAUCUAAGGCUCUUUAAUCAAUGAGGAUUUAUUUAAAAACAGCAGCAGCAACAGUUUAAAAAUAAUUUAAAUAUUAAAAGAACGGUCCUGGUCCUUGAAGAGGGGACAGUAGUUGGAUCACUGCUGGCAGUAGCACACAGUCAAGACUCGUAUUGCAUAUCAUAUGAUUUUCUUUAAUAGCAGUGAGAUAUAUUGCUUCGAUUUACCAUCGUGCAUAAAAUAGAUAUAUUUUUAAGUGUGUGCACAUAAUACACUCUUUGGAUCAAUUUCAGUGGGCUAAAUCAGUUUUGUAUGGAACAUUCUUGCAUUGUACAUAGAAGUUUAGUUGUUUUUUUCCAGUUCCUUCUCUUUUUUGGGUAUACAAAGAAGUUUCAUCUAGAGGAACUUUCUAAGACAAAGUGUGAAUAUUAUUUUUAUUACUCCUUUGUACAGUAUUCUAAGAGAAACUAAUAAAGGUCAGUAUUCAUGUAACAA